AUGGCAUUAGGAGCAUUAGAAAGUCAAGAGCGGGGGAAAGGGAGGCAGCGUCAGGCCAUCCUGGGCGAGCAUCCAUCCAACGGCUAUGGCCAACACUGCCCCCUACUGCCUCUGCCUGGCAACAGCAGGUACAGGAGGGGCAGUGAGGAGGUGCACGACAUGAUAACCUACCCACUGCUACACCAUAAGACCUCCUCUUCCUCCUCCUACAUGGACCAUCCCGCCUCCAGCUCAGUGGCCAUGGUGAGCGGCCUCCAUCCUGCAAAGAUGAACUGCAGCCACAUCUUCAACAUCUUCUGUCUUUACGGCAACGUGGAGAAGGUGAAGUUCAUGAAGAGUGUUGCUGGCACGGCGUUGGUGGAGAUGGGGGAUGAGUACGCUGUGGAUCGAGCUGUGACUCACCUCAACACCAUCAAAGUGUUUGGCAAAAAACUCAAUGUCUGUGUGUCCAAGCAGCAGGCGGUGAUUCCCAGUCAGGUGUUUGAGCUGACGGACGGCAGCAGCAGCUAUCAGGACUUCAAUCUGACCAGAAACAACCGCUUCAGCAGCUCACAGAGCAGCAGGAACAUCAUCCAGCCCCCUGCCGCCGUGCUGCACUUCUACAACGCCCCGCCCACCCUCACCCAACACCAGCUGCACAAGCUCUGUACUGAACACGACGUUCCCGUCUUCAUCAAGUUCAAGAUCUUCGAUGCGAAACCCAGCUCUAAGACUCUAUCUGGUCUGCUGGAGUUUGACAAUAAAACUGAAGCUGUGGAGGCUCUGACCGUCCUCAACCAUCAUCAGAUCAGAAUACCAAACAGCUCAAACCCCUUCACCCUGAAACUCUGCUUCUCCACCUCCUCCCAUCUGUGAGCCCGAAACAAGAUGGCCGCCACCGUUCAGCCGAGCCCUCUUUGACAAAUCAGAGAGGAAGUUUUAUUAUUUCGAAAAAAAGAAAAAAAAUGAGGGACAGAACAUUUGAGAUGUUGCUGUGAACUGUUUGAAUGGUUGAUAUAUGUGUGUGUUUAUCAUUUAUUUGGGCAGGAAGUGAUCUAGUUGUGACGAUGCAGUUUUGAAAAAGAAAGCACCUUAAUGACUGUGCAGUAGUAACAGUGUGAUAAUCCUCCUUUGAAACAUGAGUGCUGUAAGUCAUCUGGAGAAAAGAAAUCUUCUGCGAGGGCUAUAAUGUAAACAGACUUGUAUGUCACUUUAACAGUUUGAUUGAAUCACAAUCAAAUCAAUCAAAUAACUUUAUCAUCCACAAACUGGCCCUUUCAUAUCAUUGAGAUUGUUAUAAAUAGAUGAGUAAACACAUUAAUACUUAGUCACAGUGAACAAGCUUUUUAGACGGCGUUGUAUUUGUUGUAGCAGGAUGUUGAACAAAACUCAGGGAGGUAUCAGUAAAAAGUGAAAAUCCAUCCGAUAUCAGAGCAACAUUUGGCAAUCCUGAAAUAUUUGUAAUAUUUUUUAACAUGUCAUUUUGGUUUUGCACUGCUGUGUGUUUAUUUUAUUGAACUUAAAGUUAUUUUAUUAACUAGGUUGUGUUACUGGUAUAUCAGUGCAUUUAAGACAAAAUGAGCUCAACGAUUAUUUAUAGUUUUGUUUGAUUUAUUCAACUUCAGUGUUUAUGUAUUUUUUUAUUUGUAGUAAAGGCAAAAGAAAUGGAGGCCAAAAAAAAGGCCAAAAAAAACAUGUGUUCAGGAAAGUGUUUUUUAAUUGUUAUUAACACAGUGUUAGAGAGGGUUGAUUCUUGCUUUAUUUUGUAUUUUUUUUGUUAUUAGUGGAGAUGUCAAUAGACAAGAAAACACAACAUUAUUUAUUGAAUUUAUGUUUACAGAAAAAAUUCAUUAUGAGUAUAAAAUCAUUGUUUUAUUUUUGGUUGCUUAAACUGUGAAUUUUUAAGUAACACUACUUUUCGUGUAUAUACUUAUUCGUUGCAUUCUAUUCUCAUAUAGAUGCGGAGAACAUGUGUUAUUGCAAGUAUAGCGAACUGUUUCUGCAACAAAUAAACACAACGAUAUCUGACAUAUUUAAACCUUUACAGUAAGUAGCUGGUGAACAAACACCGCUCCAAUGUGAUGAUCAUGUUGUUCUGCGUCUUCUGGAUGUUCAUCAGGUCAGAUGUUUGAUAUGAAGUUAGCCACAACUACUUAAUAAGUUUGUAUUUUCAGCUGCAAGCAAGUUUCCUUUAAAGAAAAAAAGCAAUUAAUGCUGUUUUAAAACAUGCUGCUGGGGUUUACCAUGACAGCAAUUAGUGUAAAUGACGUGUGUUGGAGAAGGUUUUGGCCUCACAUGACUAACAGCUAGCAUUAGACUAAAAUGCAAGAACUGUAUAACUGCUCAAAGCAUUGACAGACUUACUGAAACCAAUUUAGUUUAACAACAAUUUCUUUGAAUAUAGGACCUUGAGGUCAAUGCAUAAUAAGAAUGACAUGCUAAACAUUCUAACAAUGCAGCAUGCUGUUAGGAUGCUACCAUGUUAGCAUAAAUCCAUUUGAACGUUGCUAACUACAGGAAUCCAUUUCUUCUGCAGUCAUCUGGGAAAUUAGUUGUAAAUGUAGUUCUUCGACGUUGUUAGUAGCACAUACUACAUUUUGUAGAUAAAACUUAACAUUAUGGACUGACACCACUAAAGAGAAGGGAGACUUUAUUUGUGUGUAAUUUGGGGUAAACAGCCCCUUUAAAAUAUAUUAAAGCACAGAUUUGUAAUGGUGAAUGAUGCCGUAAACAGAAAUAUGUUCUUGUCUAUGAUUUUAAUGAAAAAGAGAGACAAUCACAAACUACUUGUCUGUAUCUAUUGAUGUUGAUCCUAUUAAAAGUUGUUUUUUGUUGAUCAUGCAA